AUGAUUGACAUUAAUAAUCUUCAAAAGGCCAGUGCAAUUUUGAAGUUUUCUGGGGACAUUCGAGACUUUAUCAACUGGAGAGCAUCGUUUCUCGAAGCUGUCCAUUAUAAAGUGAACGAGUCGGCCGCGCGAAAAAUUACUGCGCUAAACAGCACGUUGCCCAGCGAGAUUUUUGUAAAAAUCUCCCGAGGGACAACGUACUCGGCCGAUGGUUACGUUGCUCGAAUCAGAAACCUUGAAAAGGAUUUUGGAGAUGGCUCAAAGCUGUACAAUGUGGUAUGGAGGAAUUUAACCAAAGCUCCUCACAUUGGCAGCAUCAAACAAACCAACAAUGUUGAAUCGUUUGUCCGACUAUUCGACGAGUUUGUUAACCAUGCCAAAAUCUUGAAUAUUGGCCAUGACGAUAAGCUUGUCUACAGCAUCAUAACUUCCAAGUUUGAUGAGGACAUAGUCUUGAAAUUUCAAAGUUGUGCCAGAUUGAUGGGAAUCGAGGUUAACGCCUCGAAUUUCCGCAACUGGCUUGAUGCCGAACUUCAAGAUGUUUUAUCGUUCAGAGCUGGACAGAUGCAUCUGUCACUGAGGGGAGAAAAUCGAUACGACCAGUCCGGAUCAAAAUUCUCCACUCAAGCUCCUGGCCAAACCAUUGAUG